CACAUGGAUGCCUCGCGCACUCUGCAAAUGCAUCACCAGCAUCUUGCAUUAGUCAUCUGACGGACUGCCAAGUGUUUCAUUUUCUUUCCAUGUGACUUUAUUAUUACCACCUCGCUCCUCUCUUUCCAAAAAACCUCCCAGAAAGGGCGGGGGCAGGGGGAGAGGGAGAGGAAUCCGGCAGAAACGCAGCUUUGCUUCUUCCCCGGCGCGAGCCGGCGCAGGGCUGAUAAGCGGGAGGCGGUGAUGACAGCCUUGCAGAGCUACACCCGCACUUAACUUGCAGCCGCCGGGAGAUGUGCACGCCCCGGGUGACAGCCGGCGGGGCGCUGCCCCGGGCUCGGGCGGCGACGCUGGACGGCAGCGCGCACUGAGACCUCGCCGCUGCCUCGGGGAGCAGCCUCGAUGUAACGGCACAGCCAACAAGAUGAACGGGGCUUUGGAUCACUCAGACCAACCAGACCCAGAUGCCAUUAAGAUGUUCGUCGGACAGAUACCCCGGUCGUGGUCGGAAAAGGAGCUGAAAGAACUUUUUGAGCCUUACGGAGCCGUCUACCAGAUCAACGUCCUCCGGGACCGGAGUCAGAACCCUCCCCAGAGUAAAGGUUGUUGUUUCGUAACAUUUUAUACAAGAAAAGCUGCACUUGAGGCCCAGAAUGCACUGCACAAUAUUAAAACUUUACCUGGGAUGCAUCAUCCCAUUCAGAUGAAACCUGCAGAUAGUGAAAAGUCAAACGCCGUGGAAGACAGAAAAUUGUUCAUAGGAAUGGUUUCGAAGAAGUGUAAUGAGAAUGAUAUCAGGGUGAUGUUCUCUCCGUUUGGCCAGAUAGAAGAAUGCCGGAUCCUCCGGGGGCCCGACGGGCUGAGUCGAGGCUGUGCGUUUGUCACAUUUUCUACAAGGGCAAUGGCACAGAAUGCAAUCAAAGCCAUGCAUCAGUCUCAGACCAUGGAGGGCUGCUCUUCACCGAUCGUGGUGAAGUUUGCUGACACUCAGAAGGACAAAGAGCAAAGGCGCCUCCAGCAGCAGCUGGCACAGCAGAUGCAGCAGCUCAACACUGCCACCUGGGGGAACUUGACGGGCCUGGGCGGACUGACCCCGCAGUACCUGGCGCUUCUGCAGCAGGCCACCUCCUCCAGCAACCUGGGUGCGUUCAGUGGCAUUCAGCAAAUGGCUGGCAUGAAUGCUUUACAGCUACAGAAUCUGGCGACGCUCGCUGCUGCUGCAGCCGCAGCCCAGACCUCCGCCACCAGCACCAACGCAAACCCUCUCUCUACCACGAGCAGCGCCCUGGGAGCCCUCACGAGUCCCGUGGCUGCUUCAACCCCUAACUCCACUGCUGGUGCAGCCAUGAACUCCUUGACCUCCCUGGGGACUCUGCAAGGACUGGCUGGAGCCACUGUCGGACUGAAUAAUAUUAAUGCACUAGCAGGUACCAUAAACAGUAUGGCGGCUCUGAAUGGAGGACUUGGCGCCACAGGCUUGACGAAUGGUACGGCUGGCACCAUGGACGCCCUCACCCAGGCCUACUCAGGAAUCCAGCAGUACGCGGCUGCCGCGCUGCCCACGCUGUACAGCCAGAGCCUGCUGCAGCAGCAGAGCGCCGCAGGCAGCCAGAAGGAAGGUCCAGAGGGGGCAAACCUCUUUAUUUACCACCUUCCACAGGAGUUUGGAGACCAGGACAUUCUGCAGAUGUUCAUGCCUUUUGGAAAUGUUAUCUCUGCUAAAGUCUUCAUUGACAAACAGACCAAUCUGAGCAAGUGCUUUGGUUUUGUUAGCUACGACAAUCCAGUCUCUGCACAGGCUGCUAUCCAGGCUAUGAAUGGCUUUCAGAUCGGCAUGAAACGCUUGAAGGUGCAGCUGAAGCGCUCCAAAAACGACAGCAAACCUUACUGAUCCUAACCCUAGAGGCUCCCUGCUCUCAUGUUAGCUUUCUUAGGACAUCUUCAUGCCCGUUAGUUCAUCGUUUGCCUAGCAUGUCCCUGUGGCGUCUCAAAAAAAAGUUUCAUCGUCCCGUCAUUGUUUCUGAUGUCUUUCUGACCUCACAUCAUAUUUGGUUCUCCUACUGACUUUUGAUCUAGUUUGACCUUUGAAAUUUGCAUGUGACCUCAUCUAGCUAUGAAUUCUGGGAAGUCAAUGUGAAAAACAUUGCUGCAUUCAUGCAAGACUGAAAUUUAUUAGACAAAUUAAUUAUAGAAAAAAACCUGUGGCAAAAAUGUUUCUUUCUUAUUUUUUUUUCUUUUCAUAAAACAGACUUGAAAGUAUUAUACAGGGAUUGGCAUUCUUCCCGGUCACUGGUAACAAUAGCAAUAUGUGUCCAGGGACACAGAAUGUUGGUUUCUAACAGACUACUUCCAAAAACAGUUUGAGAAAAAAACUGUCUGAUUUUAAGUCUCUAGAGGUCUGUAAUAGUUUUUACAUUUUUCAGGCAGUGUAAAGUUUUUUGAUAAGGCCAUUUUAGGUGGCUCACUUUCUCAUUAAGAUAUAUAUAUAGAACCACUUUUUGUAGAUUAGUAUAAGAAAAAUAUUUACCCUGUUUUGGGGCAAAUGCUACCUAUUUGUGUCACCUUUUGCUGAACUGACUCACAGUUAGACAAUCCAUGGUUUAAUGCACAUGAAAUUACCUAUAUUUUAUACUGUUUCAAUGUACAGGAGAAAGGUUACUGUAAACUGUGUUAUGUUGGUGCUUCUGUGAAUUAAGUUGUGGUUUCAUCAUGAGUCUUAUGGUCUUAAUGUUCUUUGUUGAUAAGACAAGUUUAGAAUUGGUUUACUUAAAACAAAAAAGAAUUUCAAAAAAAAGUUGUUUGCUUAAAAAAAAAUUUCAUGUGAGGGGGAAAAAAAAAAACCUAUUCCAGAAUAAGUUUUGUGUUGGCUUGUGAAGCAUUGAUGUCAUUUUUUUUUUAUUGUGGACUAUUUAGAUGUGUUUGUGUUCAGCAAAAUGUGAUCUGUUUUUUUUUUUCUUUUAAAGAAAAAAAAGUGAAAAUAUAUAGUGCCAAAUUCCAAAGGUACUUCCUUCCUAGAGCUUCAGUGUGUUUCUUGUGAGAAGUAAUUUGAUAACAUGGGUAUUUUAUUAUGUGUUUUGUAUAAAGCCCUAAUAUUUAAAAAAAACAAAAACAAAAAAAGGUUAAAAAGUUUGUUAACUUGCUAUCCUGUGGUCUUGUUGCCUGGAAUUGUUAUUGUUUGUUACUUCUCUAUGAUGUUUUUUGUAAGACAUUGUAUAAGUGCCCACCUCUCACUUUUCUAACCACUCUGCACACCCAUGCUGUGAAGGCAGCUUCACCGUGUACUUUCUUCAUAAUAUAUGGAAACCUCUAAGGUGAGAAAGUUUUGAACUUUUAACCCUUUCUACCCAGAGCUAUCUGGAAUGUUGAUAACUUUUUAUACUGUCAUAAUUUGAGUUUGUUUUAGGGUCUUCCUAAUUUGGAUUUCCCCCCACCCCCAUAUCUUCUCAGUUGUAUUUUGUUUCUACUGCUAGAAAAAAACUGCACAAAGCAAAAAGGUAUGUUUUUUCUCCUACACCUUUGAUUAUUUCUGGUCUUUUUUUUAAACAAUUCCUAAUGUGCUACUGGCUUGUCUUCUUUAGUUUUAAUGAAAAACUGUUUAAGAGGAAAGGGACAUAGAUUCAGCACCUAAGUAAUCCUUAAAAAUUCUGUAUGUUUUUGAGAUCUGGUUCACUGGGAUGUUCCUUCUUUUUCAUCCACCUUGCAGUGAAAUGACUUUGUGGUGGGAUAGUCUUUUGAGGGGUUUUGCUUUUGUUUCUCACGUAUUAAUCAGCCCUUGUGCUGGGGAUUCUCUGACCUCAGCAGAUACCUCUGAGUAAGCAAGGUGUCUGGAGUUAGAAGCCCGCAGUCCUUAUUUUUUUAAGUAAAGGGGACUGAUCGUGUAAGUAAAGCUCAGUUCUUUAUCACAGUUACUGACCAAAUACCUAGCACCAGUUCCUGCUGCCACUUUUUAAAGUGCCAUAUAACUCUGUGGCUUUCUGUGCAUAGGUACCUUGCUGUCUUGACAAAUCCUAAUGUCCUGCCUACAGCCUUCCUGAAAGCAUGCCCUGGAAGCUUCUCGAUUUACCUCCCCUUCCCCACUCACCACCUUGUUUGAUCUCGUGUGGAUGUGAUAGCCCUGGGAUAGAAAGGACGGCCUCUACUGAUGCAAAAAAAAAAAAAAAAAAACGAAAACAAAAGUUUCCUUCUUAUAGCACAUGCACUUAAAAUGACAUGAUUUGUAUUAUCCUCACACGUGUUUACUACUGCUGGGGCCUUCCUUCAUCCUUUGAGGGCUAUUUUGUACUUCCUGCAGCAAUCAGCUUAAUAACAAAAGUUACCGCACGUCUCUCUCACACAUAGUACAUGGUGGUGUGUGGAUACAGACAUAGAAACACAAGUGAACACCAUCUGAAGUUCUUAGUUUCAUUCCAAAUCUAUUUAUCAAUUACCUAAAUCACAACCAGUUCUGAUUUCUUCACCGAUACACACUGCCCUUCUCCUGGCUCUCCUCCAGAGGAGAAACAGUGCAGCUGGCAGGAGCUCAGGAUGGGCACUUGUUAAGGGAUUCUUAUUUGCAAGCAGCCAAGACAGUACAUUUGGGGGAAGUCUUUUUUUUUUUUUUUUUUUUUUUUUUUGCAUUUUUCAUCGCUAAAAAGAUAACCCUUGUCAGAGACAAAACUGUCCUUUUACCCACUUUAUCUUUUACUAUCAAAAGGAAAAAGCUGCAAGGAUGCAAAGGGCCUGUGACAGAAGGAAAAACACACAGGGAAACUGCUUUUUUAAAAAUCAAGUGUAGAGAAUAGUCAUUUUUAAACUAAAUCAGAAUUGUGAUAAAAUGGCAGUCCUCAAAGGCGUAACAAGUUCAUCUUUCUUUCACCAUAGGGGUUAUAGUUCUUUGGCUUGUGCUACUCUGGAAUCAUUCUACUGUUUGUUUUUAUUAUUAUCUUAAGUGCUAAUUAAAAAGAAAUAAAAUUUUAAAAAAACCUGUAGUUUCAUUACCUUUUUGAAUAAUGUCAUACAAAAAAUGUAUUUUGUGUUUUUUUGUGCUGUGAGAAUUGUUGUUUGUAGAUAAAUAAUAUCAUUUUGUUUAGAACUGCAAAAUAGUUUUUAAAUAUUGUCUGAGAAAAGCCAAAGUUAAUGCAACCUAGUGGAAACUGUAAGACCAUUUGAGUAUUGUUUGUUUUAUUGAUACAUUUGGAUUUUGUUGUCUGAUGGAAUUUGAGCCAAAAAAAUACGCAGGCUUUCCUAUUUCUACAACUGAUUGUACUUAUGCAUUUUGUACCAGUGAAACUUUUUAUACUGGAGAUUAAAAAAAUGGAAAUUUUUGUGGCUUACUCUACUGUAGUGGGCCCCCUGACUGAUUUCAAGUUUGCUUUCUGGUUGGUAGAAAGAAAGUUGCUUUUCUUUUGAGAAUUAAAAACUUUGGCUUGAUUUCUUUUUUCCCUUUGCUUAUAUCUAGCAUUAGAAUUUUGUCUUAAAAUACAGCGGUAAGUUUCACUUUUUAUUCUGUAUUGUGCAGUUACACAAUAAGGUAAUUAGAUUUAGAAGUACUCAGUCACUUUAAGUGGAUAAAUGUAUUAGUUAAAACUUUAGGGGUUUGCUUUUUUGCUGUUUAGAUCAAAGUUUUUUCUGAUUCUUCUGUCCUCAUUGUGAACAUAACCAUGUAGUUGAAACAGUCAAACUUAUUUUUGUAAUGUAUGUUACUGUGUGAUGCGGUUUUUUGCUUCUGUCUCCAAUAUUAAACCAUUUUCCUAAUA